UUUGCAGGUUCUCAUUUCCAUAGGUCACAUCAAAUUGAUGGAAGAAUUUGUUGAUUUCUGCAAGUCUAAGAGAGCAAUCUACCGUAAGAAAAUGGGUCCACAUGAGAGUAAACUAGAUCACAUGAUCCAAAAGGAUAUAAAUCAUCACAUCAUUAGUCCAUCUGCUUCUGGAUCUUCUAAGUUUUCAGUGUCUUAUUUCUCAAAAGUGAUUGAAUCCCUCACUCAGCAUCAAAGGAAUGUUAUUGAGAAGUAUGGUAUGGGUUGUUUGCUGAAAUUUGAGAACUGCUAUGUUCCUAAGAAAUUUGCCAAGUGGAUAGCUAGACACAUUGAUGCAAAUUCUUCUGAAAUCAAGUUGGCAGAAAAGUCAAUACCAAUCUGCAAAGAAUUUGUUCAUAUUGUGCUAGAUUUGCCAAUUGGUGGCAAUGAGAUCAUUCUAAAUAGGGAAGCUGGCAGAUCUUAUCUGUUAUCUAAGUUCCAUCUGAAUUCAAUUCCUUCAGUUACAUAUUUUGGAAACAUGCUUCAAAGGAUAGAUAUUUCUGAUGAAACGAUAUUUUCAUGCUUCAUGAUUGUUGCGUUGUCUUCUUUUCUGGCCCCCAACUCAUCUAUGAAGCCUUCUUCAAAGUAUUUGUCUGUUCUGCAAGAUAUAUCAUCUGUUCACAAGUUUGAUUGGUCCAAAUUUGUUUAUGAUUGGCUAAUGACUAGCAUAAGCAAAUUCAACAACAAAAGCAAGUCCACUGGGAAAUCUUGCAAGACUCUUGGUGGCUGCAUAUACUUCAUUGCAGUAUACUACCUUGAUUUCAUUAACUUUGGUAUUCACUUCAUCCCACGUGACAUACCACGCAUAUCUGUUUGGAAGGGAGACAUGAUAAAGAUAUAUUCAAAACGCGAUCAACUUGACAAUCGUAACUAUGAAAGGAAGCCAAUUAAAAACUUAUCAAAGACAUGCUACUCAAAGAUUGAGUAUAUUUCUCAAAGGUUCUCCUCUGGACAAAAUGAUGAUUCUUCACAUCAUACAUCUGAUUUUAACCAUAAGCUUGAGGAUUCUUUUGGUGAUAUUUUGACUUCUAAGGUAAAUGAUUCUUUAUGUGAUUUGGUAUACGAAAGUUAUUCCAAGAAGUGUGAAAACUGCAAGGUGAAGGCAGAUUCCCUGGUUCUUAGUGUACUUCAUAUUUUGUCUAAUGCUAUUGGAAGCAUGAAUGAGGAGCAUGCACUGAAUAACGGAAACAGUGAUGUUGCUGUGAAAAAGUCUGUUGAUUGCAACGAAGCUAUUGACCACUCUCAAACCAACAUUAGAUUUUUAUCGACAAGCAAAGGAUGUAUUUCUGAAUUUGAAAGAUCCUACACUCCCACAGAGAUCUUGCAGUCGAGCAAUGGUUACUCAAAUGAGCAUUCACCUAACAAAGAAGUAACUCAACAUGUUGCUGAUGAUGGUACUUUCAAGAAAUCUCCCGCUUCUUAUCAUUUGGGAACAAAUGAACAGUGUUCUAUUGGACCUGCUGGAGAAUCAUCACCUGCAAAAUCUAAUGUUGAUGUAAAAGCUGAUGAUGUGCCCAAUGUGGACAAUCAACUAGCUGAUCUUAUUUUGAGUAAACUUUGCAAACUUGAUAUGUUUUUUUUUUUUAGUUCCCCAUUCAGAACUAGUUGUGACCAUUUUUUUUUUGUUUGUUAG